AUGGGCGCUGAAGCUUUCGGCGCGAAGCUGCUGGCGGACGUGGACAGCGAGAGCCUUUCAUCUAUCCUCGACGAGUUUCGCAAAUCCCAUGCAGAAGAUGCUAUUGAACGGACUCUGGUCGGCAUCAAGCCUAUUGAUCACGCCCUUUCAGUCCUCGCAGCCAGCGGCAGUCUUCGAGGCAAACCGGUUGUGGAAAUAACCAGCCCUUCUUCCGCUGAUGGGAAGACUUCCUUACUUUACUAUGCUGCUGCAUUGGCUGUGUUGCCCGCACACCUCGACCUUGAGCUUUCUCUAGGAGGCCAAGGAGCCGCUGUGAUAUGGCUGGAUACGGAUGGACGUUUCGACGUCCUUCGAUUUAAACAGGUGAUGCUGGGUAUUGCUGAAGAAUCAAUCAAGACCGCUCACUGUGGUUCUGGCGAGGCGGAAACUCCAAUAGAUGGGGCAGUAUCAUAUUCCGUCUUCGAAGAAGCGCUGCGCCAUGUACAUAUUUUCCGGCCCCAGUCGUCCGCAGCGCUACUCGCGACGUUGGAAUCCCUACCGGAAUAUAUAUUGCAUACCCAACACCAUUCGCGGUGGCGCCGGAUCCACGCCGUCAUAGUGGACAGCGCGAGUGCGUUCUAUUGGCAGGAUUGGCGAGAAGCUGAGAUCUCGCGAAUCCCAGGAGCAAGGGAAGAAGCGGAGGCACAGCUACAGCCUUCAACAGCAACUGGCCACAGGGCACACAUCCAUCGGGGGAUUAUCUCAUGCUUGCACAGUCUACGGAAGAGGUUUUCAUGUUCGAUUCUUUACGCCACCGCUGGGUUAUACCCAGCACGCUCCCCACCCUUCAAGCCAUACCUCCCGCACCCGUGGCCUAUAUUUCCCACUGUACGAUUUGCCGUACGGCGCGAUCCCGUGCGACCGUUUGCGGAUGGCAUGACCGUUGAUGAAGCCGGGGUUGAUGCGUCUGCGAGACAGGAGAUUGUGCAAAGGGUAUACCUGCAAGCCUCAGAGGAGAGCCACGCAUGA